CCACAGUCUCAAAUCGUCGGACAGUAGAAAAUAGCUCGACUGGACAAAACGCCCACCACCGCAGUGCUGUAAGUUCGCUGCGCUCGGGAGGAAACAGCAAGAACACCAAGUAGUUUUUAACCCAACUACAUCUUAGUUUGAAUUGCAGUGGCGGUAAGAAGAUGUCAGCAGUUUAUAAAGAUGACCAGGAAGACUGGCUGACGGUGUGUCUGAAGUACCUGCUUUUUGUUUUCAACUUUCUCUUUUGGAUGGGUGGAGCUGCUGUCUUGGGUGUUGGAGUCUGGACAGUGGUGGAGAAGAGUGACUACUUGAGUCUGCUGGCUUCCAGCACCUUUGCUGUCUCGGCAUAUAUCCUCAUCCUGGCUGGCAGCCUAGUGGUGGUUACUGGUUUCCUCGGCUGCUGUGCUGUCAUCCGGGAGCAGAGAAGUUGUCUGUCUACGUAUUUCUUCUUCCUGCUGUUGAUCUUCUUGAUUGAACUGGUGGCUGGAGUUCUGGCUUACGUGUACUACCAGAGGCUGAGCGAGGAGCUAAAGCAGCACCUGAACCAGACAAUGACUGAGAAUUAUGCCCAACCAGGAAAGGAGACGAUUACAUCUGCAGUGGACAGACUACAACAAGAUUUCAAGUGCUGUGGCAGCAACAACUUCCAGGAUUGGCGGCAGAGUGUGUUCGUUUUGUCAACACAGGCAGAAAACCGAGUGGUGCCUGACAGCUGCUGUAAAACAAUCACUCUGCUGUGCGGCAAGAGAGACCACCCCUCCAACAUCUACAAGGUGGAGGGGGGUUGCAUCAGUAAGCUGGAGCAGUUUCUCGCAGAUCAUCUACUGGUCAUUGGUGCAGUGGGGAUCGGAGUGGCCUGUCUUCAGAUCUGUGGGAUGGUUUUCACCUGCUUCUUGUACAGAAGGAUCAAGAUGGACCCUUACUGAGCCCCACCUGGCACCCAAUAAACCGCCUUCAACAUGCAGAUGGAGCACAGACCUCUGGAUUGGGUUGAUAAUCCAAGACAAGGGCACAUAUACUCAAACACAAACACUACUCGUGUACUCCUAAUACUCCUAAACUCACAAUAAUAUACUCAUAAACGCAUUCUCUACUCAUCAUCAUUACAA